AUGUUCUCAUUUAAUCAUUCUGAUGUGAGAGGAUUUACAAUUCAAGGAAUUACUGACAUCCUGGAGCUGCAGUUGCCUCUUUUCUUCUUCCUUCUUCUCUUGUACCUCAUCAUUAUAACGGGGAACAUGACAAUUGUUGCUGCAAUUUCCCAGGAUCGUCACCUCUACACUCCUAUGUACAUAUUGUUAAUGAAUUUAUCAAUAGAUGACAUCUUAUUAACCUCAUCCGUUCUGCCUAGCAUCUUACAUAAUCUAGUCACAGACAGUAAGGACAUGUCAUUUGCAGGGUGUAUAACUCAGAUGUACACCUAUAUAUCCUUCCUUUGCACUGAAGUGCUCCUGUUGGCGGCCAUGGCGUAUGAUCGCUAUGUGGCCAUCUGUCACCCUCUACAUUAUGUUUUACUUAUGAGCCAAAGACACUGCGCAUAUUUUAUUGGGGCCACUUGGUCUGUUGCUUUCUUAUCUCUCACAGGUUAUCCCAUCCUUGUAUCAAAGUUACAUUUUUGUGCAUCCCAUCUUCUAAAGCAUAUUUUUUGUGAUAUGAGUCCAGUGAUGAAGUUGUCAUGUGGGGGUUUAUUUUAUAUUGACAUUUUGAUUUACACUGAAGGGCCGCUACUGGGAUUAGGUCCCUUUUUGUUUACUUUAAUUUCAUAUAUAUAUAUAAUCUCAACUAUUAUUAAAAUACAGUCAUCAGAAGGUAGGAGAAAAGCAUUUUCUACCUGUGCCUCUCACCUCACCUGUGUCAUUUUAUAUUAUGGAACAGUCAUUAGUCUGCAUUUAAGACCCACAUCAAGUUAUUUACCAAGUGUAGACAAAUAUUUUUCACUUAUAAAUGUAAUUCUGGUUCCCAUGUUAAAUCCACUUAUUUACAGCUUUAAAAAUCAGGAGAUUAGAAAUGCUUUAAACAAGAUCAUAUCUGGAAAUAUAUGGGAUGCAAAAGAUUCCUGA